UAUCUUGAGAACAUGCAGUUUCCCUCAAGUUUUGUCUUUCCACCUGAAGCAGUCGCUCAAACCCCCGUGGCUCUAAACACAGGAGGUGUACCUUUAAAUAGCCUAUCACCCAUUCCUUUAGGAAUGCCACCAAACGUACCUUUAGGUAUGUUUUCACUUGACAGCACGCAAGUAACUCAAGCAACACAAGUUUCUCAGUUACUUUCACCAGCACCUUCAUCACCACUUUCUAUACUUGAAUAUC